AUGGCAGUUCGCAUUGGGAAAUGGGGAACAGUUCGCUCAGAGUCAUGGCGUCGAAAUGAGUUGUGUGGUUUCAUCAUGGGCCUGAUGCAGGGCUCUCCAGAUUUAGGUAGGCUUGCCAGUGACCCCAAGACGAGAAAAGGAGAUGGGUUCAGCGGGUGUUUCUUCCAACGUUUCAACUUCCAAGUCAUCAUGAACCAGGAUAUGAAGCCCGAGUUUCUGUUUCUUGCUGAUCUCCAUAUUUACAUUCUGACAUUCCUUCCUUACCAAGAUAUUCUUCGGUGCACAUCCGUAUGUAGAGACCUUCGCCAGACAUACUUGUCGUCUCCUGAGCUUCAGUACCUUGUUGAACUCGGCGGUCAACAACUGCUCCCUGUCGAUCUCCGUGUCGAUAACCACUGCACUCCCAUUUCAGAACGUCUACAACUCCUGAGGGACAAAGCCCACGCAUGGUUCAAGUUUGAUACUCGACCUACCGAAACAGUCGUCGUGCCAGACAGGUUUCAGUUUAAAACCACAUCUGUUUCCAAUCAGCAUAUCACCCUCGUGGACACAUGCGAAAUACGCUGCCAUCCGGGCUUCGCCAAGAUUUUUCCAAUAUUACCAGAGCCCUCACAACAAGCAAUUGACCGUGAAUGGUAUCCAGAGACACUAUUUCCAGUUCCUAACGGGCAUCAAAUUGACUUGCUCAUGGACCCAAUGCAAAAUCUGGUUGCUGCCGCGUACGACGCUAAUGAUGGGUCGGAUGUUUGUAUCAACCUACUACCUUUGGAUAGAGAUGGUACCCACCCCCAAGCUGCUGGACCGACACUUUUUACUUCAACGGCGCUGCCCAGACGCUUGAACGUGCUUUGGAAAGUCGAGAGGUGGAAGCUUAGGGGUCUUGGGAGGCAUAUCGCUCUCUGGCACAGUUUGCUACUCCAUGAUCCCGAUAGGGUCCUAUGGUGGUUGCAGAUUUGGGACUGGCAAUACUCGGCAACAUCCAAUAGCGUCCUCAGCGGCACUGAGUUCAACACAAAAACCGACCGAUUAAUUGAUUAUUGUUUCCUCGAAAAUGACAGAUUGCUCAUGAUUGUCGGUGUCAAUUUGAGGGUCUAUUUAAUUGAAGACAUAUCCCAGGCGCCGAAAUUCCUGGCAUGUUUCUUGUUGCCUGCACCAGUGGAGAGUGCACAAUUCUUACGCGGCUCAAAGAACGAUGUUGCAUACAGGUCACAGCCAGGAAUGCAACAAGAAAUGUGGACAUCAGAUCCUACGCAUCAAUACUACGAGGAGUUCCUUGAUGCCACUGGUGGGAGUCGAGUCUUGAGGGCUGUCAAGCACCGGCAGGGCCUAGGUCAGUUGGUGAGAGAGCCAUCUACGAUAGACUUGGAUGGAGAGUUGGUAACAACGUCCCUGCCAUAUGUCGAGGUCCUGUCGAGCAAGAAGUCUAUUCCUAAUCAAUUUGUGCGCUUCAUAUCUAUGCGUGCAGUGUACGCUGUUCCCGGUUUCAAGGAAGAGUCUGAUCUGAUUUUUAAUCUACAGGUCAAGGUCAUUAAGAUUUGGGACGGGGUUUGA